AUGGAGCAAGUGAAGAUCGUCGCUCUGUACGACAACCACGACAUCGUGCUACUGAACGCGGAGAACGAGCGAUGUGAAAAUAAAUUCGAGGCCCCUGUGAAGGACCCGGAGAAAAAAAUAUGCCAACUCAGAAAUGGAAGCUUCCUUCUCUUGAGCGUAAAUAAAAAAGUGGUGUCCAAAUAUGUGUGUGCAAAGAGUGCCCCCAUUUCGACCAAGCAUAUGCGCGUACAGUUGAAUGUGAUCAGGCUAACGAAAAAUGAAAAAAUAAUUAUUGGCGGAGACAAACUUGGAAAUGUAUAUGUAUGGUCCGCCCUCUCAGGGUUAUUAAUAAAUUCCUUUCAAGCACAUUACGGUAUAAUCAAGGAUAUAAUAAUUGAUCAAAUAUCCAACGUAUUAUGCACCUACAGCGAUGACAAUGUUGUACAUGUGUACAAUUUACCUGACCUGUUCAGAAAAAAAAAAAUAACUCCAUUAUUACGUUAUCAGCACAAUAUAAAUGAAACAAUAACUCAAAUUCUUUCAGUGACGCCAAAUGUGUAUGGCUCAUAUUACUCCUUGAUGACUCUUACUAGGAAUGGGACGAUACAUGUGUGGGGAUUGAAGUCAAAGGAACCAACUCACAUUUUGAAAACGCACUCGGAGAACUGUACAUACAUGUGCACGAAUGACCCCUUCAACACGCAUUUAUAUCUUUGCAGAGGGAAUAAAAUAUUUCGCAUCCCCUUCUCCCAGUUUGACCAAAGGGAAACAACAGCAUAUUCUUCUGUUCAAGUGAGGAAGGAUGUUUACCAUGAAGAACGACUUGCGCAGGAAAAACUAUCCUCAUAUGGAGACUACAUUGAGGUGAAAAAUGGGGACCACAAUGCACCUCACCUGCAGAGAAGCACUUCCGGAAAAGGUGAUUUACAAUUGAACUUCCAAAACUGCACGACCUUCAUUGGACACAAAAGCCAAGUAAUCAAAUGCCACGUAAAUGACAAAAGGGAAAAUAUGGUAUCCCUAGCAAGGGAUGGAAUAAAAAUAUGGGACCUUUUCAACUGCUACGCUAUUAUGACACUCAAAUAUGGAGAAAACAUAAUUGACUUUUUUAUUCCUUUUGUUUGUAACCAGUCCACUCAUGCUUCCUCUUACUUUAUGGAGUUGCCUAAUCUCCUCUUAGAAUGUGAAAAUGAUGUUAGGGUUCACAACGUCGAUUAUUUUGACAAUCUCCCUCCUGAGGUGUGUGAGGGUAGCAGUUACAAUGACUUGCUCGCAGACCGAGAUGAAAAUUUGCUUCUUCAAAUGGGAACCAUGUUUGCUGGCCUGGAAGAUUGA